AUGAGGUACGACGAGCAACUAUCCAUCUCACUGCCAUCAAAGAAGCUACGAAAAAGAAAGAUCAAGAUAGAUCCAGACGUGAUCAAACGGAUAGAACUCCGUGGACAUCAUUCAAACUCGGAAAUCGGUCUCGCUUCAUUGACAGGGUAUCUGUGUGCAUAUGACGAAGCUUAUGAAUUGCACCCAGCGAAGAAAAAAGUGGGUGCCCUCCGGCCGAAAUUUGCUGGUCAGCUUACCACAGAGAUGGUGAUGAAAGCUCUGCAAAAGAGAAAUCUGUCUGGCCGCGUUACAAUGCAUCCCGAUGGAGAACGAAAAACUAUCAAAAUUGACUCAAUCAACUCUGCAAUUACCCUGAGUGCUGAUGGGAUGAGCACCAAUAUUCAGUCGCCAAAAGAGCACAGGAUGAUGCUGCUUGACGCUGUGACAUCUUACCUUCAGUCUCUAUGUUGA